AUGGCCUCGGCCGUGGUAAACAACGUUGGAGUGUCGCCGGAGGGCUUACUUGACUGCCCGCCGGCGUCCUACUCCCCCUACGGCUGGCUCAGCCCUCGGAUCUCGCUCAGCCGCGACCACGCUAACGGCGACCAGCCCGCCCCUGCCUCCGCCGCCGCCCUGGCGGUGCCUUCCUGUAACCCGUUGGAAGAGCUGGAGACUGCCAGCAAUGACCUGGUCGACUUCGAGUUCCGGCUGGACGAUCCUGUCGCCAUGCUCCCCGCUGACGAGCUCUUCUCUGACGGGAAGCUGGUCCCCCUGCAGCCGUCGCCGACGGCGUCAAAGCUGCCUGAUGAGUCCUCCUCCGAGAUCCGGUCGCCCGAGCCGCUGAAGUCGUGGCGGAGGGCGGAGAACGCCUCUGGAUUGGACCCCUACAUCUUCUCUCCCAAGGCGCCACGGUGUUCCAGCCGGUGGAGGGAGCUACUCGGCCUCAAGAAGGCACAAACCCCGAAGCCCGAUUCCCGGAAGCCCGUCGUCGCCGCUUCCAAAACCCGAACCCCAAAUCUCUGA